CACCGGGAUGACACGAUGAUACACGAAUAGUUCAAAACAAACUUGUCAUGGCGUGUGCAGGAAAAUUGAUCAUUUGUAAGAUUUUGAUGUUUUCGACGUGAUAUUGAUGGUUCACUGCAGUUAUUGAAUUCGUUAUGGGGAACUAUGUAUCAUCACAUCUGAAUGCAAACUCUGAGAAGAGAGGUAAAAAGAGAGAUGUCAGCGACGUGCAGCCCGAAGAAGAAAAAGUACAAGAACAGAAUUUCCAGACACCAAAAAGGCGGAAACUGAAGUCUACCACCAAGUAUAUUUACCAAACUCUGUUUUUGAAUGGAGAGAACAGCGAUGUUACAAUCAUUGCAAUGGGAAGGGAAUGGCCACUGCAUAAGGUGUAUCUAUGUCAGUGUGGGUACUUUGCAAGUAUGUUCAGUGGCUCUUGGAGAGAAAGUGAGCAGUCUGUGAUAAACAUGGACAUCCCUGAUGACAAUAUUGAUGAGGAAGCCUUGAAGAUUGCAUUUGGAUCUCUGUAUCGUGAUGAUGUGUCCAUUAAGCCUGCCAAUGUAGUGAGUGCCUUGGCGGCAGCAACACUACUACAACUGGAAGGCCUUAUUUGUCAGUGUGCAGAAAUAAUGAAGGAGACAAUUAGUGCUAAGACUGCCUGUUGGUACUAUGGAGCUGCCCAGAUGUAUGGCCAGCAAGGGGUGGCCAAGAAGAGCAUCCAGUGGCUGGAGAAACAUGUCAUGACUAUGCAGACUACUACUUUACUCAGAGAGAUCAGCAUUGACCUUAUGAAAUUACUGGUGUCCUCCCCAAACCUCUAUGUGAUGCAGGUAGAGAUGGAUGUAUAUACCAUGCUGAAAAAGUGGAUGUUUCUCCUGUGUACACCAACAUGGAGUGGUAGUUCCAAACAGGUUGCUGAAGAAGCAGACAGCUAUUUCAGAAGUACAGAGCCACCCACAGUCUAUUUCUUGGAGACGGAGAAAGGCCAGCAGUACGUUGAAGCCUUCCAAUGCCUGAGGUUCCAGCAUCUGGUGAAUGACAUCACGUCCACCCAGGUGUUAGAGAGGGACAGGAUUGUCCCCGAGUCCUGGCUUUACCCUUGGUACAAGUGCCAGUGGCACCACAUGCUGAAGAUGGAGCAGGGCCUGGACCUGGGGCCUAAGGACAUUGGGGAUGAGAUCUUCUACCAGACAGCUGUCAGAUAUGGAAGGGUGCUGAAAACUGAGAAGGAGUAUUGCUGGAGGUGGACUGGCUAUCAUUUUGGAGUGGAUCUGCUGGUUACUUUUACCAAUGGCCUGCUGAUAUUGAAGAGGAACACCUACAGUCAAGAAUGCCAAAGUUCUAUUAGUUUACAGGCAAAGAGACAUUUAGCAUUUCGAGUGACUGUGUCGUCAUUUGAUACUCUAGGACAUACAGAGUAUGUUAAGUCCAGUGGUAUUAAAUAUCUCAGUCUUGGAAAAGAUGAGGAGACAGUUGUGUUAGUCUUGGACCGCCAUGUCACAUUUCCAUUGUGCAUCAGUCUGAACAUCUUAUAUUUUACUCCUAACAUGGACAUGAUCCGUAAAGCUCAGGCAGCCAUGAACUUUGAUGCAGCUUCUCUGGUGAGAAGCACAGACUCUGUAGAGACAGCCAGCCAGACUGGCUCCACAAGCAGUUCUAACAGCUCCAUACACAGGGAUACGGAAGAGGAAGAGGAAAUACAGGGGACUGCGGAUAAUGCACAGGGAACAGGGUUGGCUCCAAAUGGACAACAAAGUGCUCCUAAUGCAGGUGUCUGAAGUGGCGGAUUUUUUUCCGUAUUCCAUAUCUCUUACAAUUACUCUUCACAUAGGUGCAAUCUUCACUGACGUUAUCUUUGUACCUUUAAUUAAACUUUUGAGGACAGUUAACAUAGAACAUUUGACAUUCACAGGAGAUUGGUGUAUGUGAUCAUUUCUGUUAAGACUUAAUGGAGACAGUUCAAUGUUUGUUUGGUGUGACCAUGGACUCAUGUCUGAUCAGUUAAAGGUGAAUUUUUUUUGUAAGGAACAUAUUUAUUUCAAGUUGACCAUAAACUA